CCGACUGUUUACCACACCGCUCUCAAGCGAGGAUUUCCAGUCUGAACUAAACAUUAUCAGACAUAUGGCGGUCCGUAAUGGAUACGACGUGGGAUGGGUCGAUGCUUUGGUAAGAAAAGAAGACAUUAAACGCCUGAACAACGAGGCUUCGAUCCUCCAACAGCAUACGCCCAAUACUAAAUACAUGAGGCUUUCUUACAUCGGGCCGUUGUCUACUCGAUUGGGAAAUGUUUUCCACAACCACGACAUCAGAGUGGCCUAUAAGUCCCCCAACACCCUGUACAAUCUUCUGGUGCACAACAAGGAUAGUGUACCACUGUUGCAACGGAGCGGCGUUUAUAAAUUGACCUGCGGAGACCCUAACUGUAACGUGGUUUACAUCGGCAGAACGAGCAGAACUCUACAACAACGAAUAAGCGAACAUCUUCGAAGUCAGAGAAGGGACAACUGCGACAAGUCUAUCUUUGGCAGGCAUUUGAGAUUGAACAACCAUCCCUUCGAUCCGGAAAAGGACGCCAGAAUCAUCCACCCGUCUGGCUUCGGUUUGAGACAGUCCGUGUUGGAGGAGAUAGAGAUUUUCUGCCACAUCGACGAUGUGUCUAUGGUCACUCUCAAUUCAUUGUCCACACACGUUUUCCCCCGCCUCUUUGAUGUUCUUAAGAGGGAGCCAAAUGUAGAGAGGAUCGUGACAUCGGAAGACUGAAGGAGUUACCCUUUCAUCCUUCUGCGGCGCCGCCUCUGUGCUGACUGCGAGUCGAUCCCUUCUGUCAAUCUGUCAGCUGUCUUGACGGCGGUGUACCUGCGUGCCGUAGCUUUAUUGUUUUGUUUUGUUUGUGUAUUCACUUCACUUGAAAAUUCUUUUUAAAUUUUCAAAGUUUGUGACUUGAAUUUUAGUUUUGUAUCUGUUAUAUUUUUUAUAUGUUGACAAAUAUGUAUGACGGUCGAUUUUUCUGCCCACUUGGAAAGCUAUGACAGGACUGCUGCAUCUCGUCUUGUUACUUGGCUCCCGAAGAUGGUGAUGUGUUAACUCACCGAAACUAGUCGAGCAGACGUGUUUUUGCAGUCUGAUUAAAUAAAUAAAGUUCUCACCAAAAAU